AUGGACUCAAAACGCAUACCCAAAGAGCCAUUCUCUGCAGCCAAUCCUGUCCCUAAAGUCGCCCACUUGUUUCGCAAUGUGGUCGACCCGCAGAGUGCAACGAACUCCAAGGCCAGAAAGCUCGCCACAGGAAGGAAGGACGCAAAGAGAGACCAAAAGCGUACGGAAGAUGCCGUCAACCGAAUGGCUAGGGGCCAGACAUUACAAGUCCAAGACCCAGUAACCGGAGAGGAGACGACCAUUAAGAAUGCUGACGAGGAAGCAACUCCUGGGGGAGAAACAACCAAUUUUCGACAACAUCCACUCCCGGAGCCUGACUGGCCGGCACACGGUCGUCAUGUAAACACUCUGACGACCCAGACUCUCCUCGGCAUAUGUGCUGCAUACACCACCCUACCGCUUCUCACGUAUUUCUUCUUCAUACUAUUACCUGCUUUGCCAUUUGUUGGAUCUCCUCGAACAUGGCACGUUGGCUGGGUAUCACUAGCUCCGGGAAUGCCCAUGUUCUGGGCUUUAAGCCUCGUUGCACCAUCGUUUAUAGCUUAUGUCCUCAUAUAUAGACUUCACGCUGAAGCCACGAUCGACUAUGAGGCCCAUGUAUGGGAUUCCGAGCGUAAACGAGGGGAAACCAGUGCAAUGUCUGCAAAGGAAAGCGAGCACUCUUUUAAUGAAGGGGCUAUCCAUGAAAGUGUAGAGUGGGGAAACGGAUUUCUCAAGGGAUUAUGGCCUUCUAUCGACCCCGGUUUAUUUACCAGCGUGAUCGAUAUGCUUGAGGAUGUUAUGCAGGCAUCUAUGCCUCGUAUCGUUAAUUCAAUUAGAGUAAGCGACCUUGGCCAGGGAAGCGUUGCACCCAGGAUCACAGGCAUACGGGCAUUACCACUGAGAAGGACGGAGGAAGGUGACAUUCAGGGCGAACAUGUAAAUCUAGAACUUUCGUUUGCAUACCAUGCGAAUCCAAGCGGAGCUUCGGCUAGUAGUAAAGCGCAAAACGCACACAUUGUGGUAGAUUUCUUCGUUGGUGCAAGAGGAUUUUUUGGAGUUCAAAUUCCUGUAUGGGUUGAAAUUUCUGGAGCAAUUGGGACAGCUCGAGCAAGACUCGAACUAAUGCCCAAUCCACCUUUCAUAAAGACAGCAGUCGUGACAUUACUUGGACUUCCUCGGAUUUCAAUCUCUGUGGUGCCGCUUCACCAGCACUUUACCAACAUCAUGAAUCUGCCGUUGGUCAGCACAUUUAUAUCAAACUCGGUCAACACUGCCGUUGCACAAUAUGUUGCUCCCAAGAGCCUGAAACUAGACGUACAAAGGCUUAUCAGUGGCGAUGACGUCAAGAGAGAUACGGACGCUAUUGGAAUUCUGGUCGUAACCAUCCAUCGUGCAACGGAACUCAAGGUGGCCGACCUGGAUGGUGGAUCGGUAGACCCAUACGUUACACUAGCCUUUUCACGCCUGGGAAGGCCUUUGUUUUCCACGCGAAUAAUUUCCGAUCGCUCGCCCGUCUGGGAGGAAACUACAAUAGUACUAGUCGGCCCAGAUGCGGUUGCUGCUCGGGAAAAGCUUAGUUUACAACUAUGGGACUCGGAUCGAAUUAGCGCGGAUGACGUGCUUGGUACUGUGGAUAUUGACAUAGCCACCUUAAUCCGCAAAAAGAAUCAAUCUUUCCGGAGUAUUGAGCCAAUCACCAAGGGGGAAGGGAGCUUGGAAUUUACGGUCGGUUUUUACGAAAAAACGGACCCCAAUCCUUCUUUCCGGGCGGAGAAAUGGAAAAGAAAGCUACCUAGUCCAGAGGAGACUCGGUCUAACGAACCCGUUGACACGUCUGAUUCGACCGAUGCGAAUGGACCCCAUGACGAAGAAAUCAUCCGGCCAGACAACGCUCUGAAUGAUUUGGAGGCAGCUGUUAUGACCUGUGCACCGGAUCCAGAUUUGCCGUCUGGUAUUUUGUCAAUUCAAGUGCACGAAAUGCGCGAUUUGGGGUUCAAGCUCAACAAGGGAACCAAGGGCAGAGGCCACGGACCUGGGAGCAGUGAAGAGGAAGAAGAAGAAGAAGGUGAUGGCCUGCCCUCUGCCUACUGUGUGGUACUAGUAAACGAUCAGAAGAUCUACAAAACUCGUGUCAAACCAAUUACCUCUUCGCCUUUCUUUAAUGCUGCUACGGAGCGAUUCUGCAAGGACUGGCGUAGGGCUCAUGUCACGAUUGUUGCGCGGGAUGCCCGAAUGAGAGAAAACAACCCAAUUAUCGGUGCCACUACGAUCAAACUGUCCGAAGCAUUCGCUGAAUCUUCUCAGUUCACACAGCUUUGUCCCUUGGAGGGAGGGAUUGGUUACGGACGUAUACGUGUAUCUUUGCUAUUUAGGCCAACCACAGCGCGGCUACCUGCAAAUAUCCUUGGGUUCUCUGUUGGUACUAUUCAACUUCACGGCGUCAAAGUGCUACCGGACAACAAUCAUACCGAUUUCCAGGAUGCUCAAGUUCGGCUUCGAACCUCCGAUGUAAAGGAGCGGAUAUCUAGAAAGGCGGCGGAGGCCCAAGAGGAUGGCUCGGUGGAAUGGAAUUCAGAAAAGGUUGAGCCCGUUCAGCUACCGAUACAGAAGCGACACGGUGCCGCGCUGCUCUUGCAGUUCACGACAAAGCGCGCCCUCGGCCCACAGAAGACGAUCGCACAUGCUACAUUGUGGCUACGUGAUCUGGUUGAUGGAGAGCGCACGACAAUAAGAGUUGCCUUGUGGAAUGUGGAUGGCAAAUCGGCCGAGUACAUUCAGCAAAACUACAUUCCUCCGUUGGAUUCAACCGAAUCCACAAUCGACACCGAUGGGCACGAUGCAAAGCAAAUCGGGGCGGUAGAACUUGACGUCUGCGCGAUUGCGGGUCUUGGCAACAUACACCAGAAGAUUCUUGAUAACUCUGAUCCACUUAAAAAACAGAAGUGGGAAGAGUAUGAAGUACAGGACGCAGCCGGCUUACGCGAUACGGUCGGACUCGAUCAAGAAGGAGAACAUGGCAUUAGAGAACCAGAGGGACAGAAUUUCAGGAUCGAAAGUGAUCAAGCGGAUGACCAGGCUUUACGUUCGACUGACGACGAGUGGACUGAUACUAAUAAGUCUCACGACGCAGAUGGUACUGGAGAAGAUAGCGAGAGUGAAAGAGACGGAAGGCGUGGACCGGUUCAGAUGUUCAAGGAUUGGAAGCAACACGAGCACGAGCUUCACCGGGAGCACCGCGGCUUUAUGCAGACAAAGCCGAUGCGCACCGCCAAUUGGUUAAAGGAUGGCGUCAAGAAAGGUGGCCACAAAGUUCAGCAACGGUUUGCCCAGCACUCGCGCGAGCCAGAAAUCGAGACCGAAGUUUGA